AUCAUCUUGUAACUGAGGAACCAGGUCAGAAAGAAAAGAGGGACAAAGCGGGCUUCCGUACAAUAAGGAGAGAGGCGCAAGCGCAGUCUGAACGAAGAAAGACUGUGUUUUGUUGCUCCGCCUAUCCUAUACGCCCGGAAGCGUACAUGCAAUUUGUAGCCUUCAUUAUCUUGCUGACAGAUUGAAACAUUGUUUUGUGCGUUGUUUCUGUUGAACCGGUGCUUUAUUUGGGUUAUAAAAAUGGCAGAAGGUGGUGGUUCGGUGCAACGAUUGAGGCGGCAGCUGGAGUCUAGCAGCUUUCAAGCAGAACAGUAUGUGAAACUGCUGUCACAGCAAUCAGACGGGGAUAGAGACCUGCAAGAGCACCGACAGCGCAUUCAGAGCCUGGCAGAUGAGACCGCUCAGAGUCUUAAACGUAAUGUGUAUCAGAACUACCGUCAGUUCAUUGAAACUGCCAAAGAGAUAAGUUAUUUGGAAGGGGAGAUGUACCAACUCAGCCACAUUCUAACUGAGCAAAAAAGUAUUAUGGAGAGCGUCACCCAGGCCUUGCUUUAUACAGACCGCUCUGAAGCCGCCCGGGAACUCCAGGCAGCGUUUCCUAAGGAAGCAGAAGAGGGAAAGGUCAGGAACCUUACAACUCUGCUGGAAAAGGUGGAGGGAUGCAAAAACCUGCUGGAAACACCCGGGAGGUAUUUGGUUUAUAAUGGCGACCUAACAGAAUUUGAUGUUGACAAUAUGGUCCUUAUUCAGAAAGUCCACGCCUUUUUAAUGAAUGAUUGCUUGCUCAUUGCUACCUCUGUGCCCAAUCGCCGAGGGAUUUAUAAAUAUAAUGCACUCCAUAAUUUAGAUGACCUUGCUGUAGUUAAUGUAAAGGAAAAUCCCCCAAUGAAAGACAUGUUCAAAAUACUCAUGUUUCCUGAAAGUCGUAUCUUCCAGGCAGAAAAUGCAAAAAUUAAAAAAGAGUGGCUGGAAAUUCUGGAACAAACAAAAAAAAGUAAAGCUUUGAAUGAAAAGCAAAAGCAACAAGAGGAAACAACCCCACAAUUGCCUGUUGUACCAGAAAUGCCUGCCAACCCAUUCAUUGAUGAGGAUGGGACAUCUGAUGAAGUAGAAGUAGAUUUAACAAUUGACUGGAUCCAGGAGCUUCCGGAAGACUUAGAUGUUUGUAUAGCUCAAAGAAAUUUUGAAGGGGCUGUUGAUUUGCUUGAUAAACUGAACAGCUAUUUGGAAGAUAAACCUCUAACACAUCCUGUAAAAGAGCUGAAGUCCAAAGUUGAUGAGCGGGUUCGACAGCUAACAGAUGUGCUUGUUUUUGAACUUUCUCCAGAUAGAUCUCUGAGGGGUGGCCCAAAAGCAACUCGAAGAGCAGUCUCCCAACUUGUUAGAUUAGGUCAGUCCACUAAGGCAUGUGAGUUGUUUUUAAAAAACCAAGCAGCUGCCGUACAAACUGCCAUACGUCAGCUUAGAAUUGAAGGGGCCACUUUGCUCUAUAUUCAUAAACUAUGCAAUGUAUUUUUUACUAGUUUACUUGAAACUGCCAAGGAAUUUGAAAUGGAUUUUGCUGAAAAUAAUGGUUGCUACUCUGCUUUUAUUGUUUGGUCUCGGUUAGCCUUAAAGAUGUUUGUAGAUGCUUUUAGUAAGCAGGUAUUUGACAGCAAGGAAAGUCUCUCUACUGCAGCUGAAUGUGUUAAAGUAGCAAAGGAGCACUGUAAACAAUUAAGUGAAAUAGGUUUAGAUCUCACCUUUAUACUGCAUGCACUGCUUGUAAAAGAUAUAAAAGCUGCUCUGCAGAGCUACAAAGAUAUUGUCAUUGAAGCUACAAAACACCGUAACUCUGAGGAAAUGUGGAGAAGAAUGAACCUGAUGACUCCUGAAGCACUUGGCAAGCUAAGAGAGGAAAUGAAAAAUUGUGGAAUAAAUAACUUUGACCAAUAUACUGGCGAUGACUGUUGGGUUAAUAUUAGUUACACCAUUGUUGCUUUCACAAAACAGACAAUGGCCUUUUUAGAAGAAGCACUUAAAUUAUACUUUCCUGAGCUGCACAUGGUGCUGCUUGAAUGCUUGAUGGAAAUUAUACUGGUUGCUAUUCAGCAUGUAGAUUACAGUUUAAGAUGUGAACAGGAAUCUGAAAAGAAAGCCUUUAUUAGACAGAAUGCAUCCUUUUUAUAUGAAAAUGUUCUUGUGGUUGUGGAAAAGAGAUUCGAAGAAGGUGUUGGAAAGCCAGCAAAACAACUGCAAGAAUUAAGAAAUUCCUCAAGAUUGGUGCGUGUAAAUCCUGAGAGUACAACUUCUGUUGUCUAAUUUGCAAUUUACUUAUGGCGCAUUUUGCUUUAAAAAAAAUAACUUGUAAGCCCUUGCUUUUAUUCAUUGCAUUGACAUAUAUUUUUACAGGCCAAAUAUGUGAAAUUAUAAGUAAUGGAUUAUAACAAAGGUGCCUCUGUAGCUUCUGGCCUUGCAAGAAGGUGCAUCUUAAGCCAGUGGUACACUCAGCAUUUGCUCUGUGUGCUAAAACAUUGUCUUUUGUCCUAUGUAAACUGACAGGACAAAAAGACCUGACGUGACAAAAAGUCAUGCGAAAUCCACUCUGUGCGAAUGAUAGUUUAUCAUACUUUUUUUCUGCCAGCAUUUUUAUGUCAGUGGAGGAAAUGAUGAGCACAAGCAUUACUAUACUGAUAGUAUGGAGAAAAUGCAUAAAAGGGAAGAAUGCAUUGUAUAAAUGUAGUAGAAAUAAGGAUUGUAACCAUAAUAUACAAAUGAACUCGUAGAAAUAAAAUGUUUAUUAGGUAAUUAUUAGACUAUUCGGGGUAAUGCAGCGAUACCCAUAAAACAGCAAGCAAUUACAUAGUGAACCAGUUUUCUACUCUUAUAUCCAUUCUAUGUUGAUUUAGAGAGCGAGCAAGCUAAAAGAUCAUGCUAAGAAAAUUAGUUGAGUAAAAUAACCAGUAUUUGUAAGUACAUUAAAUUUAAAACCAUUGGUUGAACACAGGGCUAAGAUAAUUGUGCUUAAUUUAUAUUCUGAUUUUUCCCUUUUAUGAGAAAAUGCUUUCACCUUUUCAGGCUGUUAUGAGAAAUAAAUGUACAGAUUACCUCUUUUGGAGCUUG